AUGGGCAUCCGCAAGAAGAGCAGUAAGACCCCGCCGGUGUUGAGCCAUGAGUUCAUCAUCCAGAACCACGCCGACAUCGUCUCCUGCCUGGCCAUGCUGUUCCUGCUCGGGCUCAUGUUCGAGAUUACAGCAAAAGUGGCAGUUAUGUUUGUUACAUUACAGUAUAAUGUAACCAUUCCAGUAGAAGGUGUUCUAGGUGAACCAGUUUCAUUUUAUCACUAUGGAAUUAAAGACAUGUCAACAGUUUUCUUUUAUAUGCUUGUGGCAAUAAUCUUACAUGCUGUCAUACAAGAAUAUGUCUUAGAUAAAAUUAACAGGCGCAUGCACUUCUCCAAGACAAAACACAGCAAGUUCAAUGAGUCUGGGCAGCUGAGUGCAUUCUACUUUUUCUCUUGCGUAUGGGGGACGAGCAUCAUUGUCUCAGAGAAUUAUUUCGCAGAUCCAACAAGUUUAUGGAAAGGUUACCCCCACAUCUACUUCCCAUUUCAGAUGAAGUUUUUCUAUAUUUCACAGCUGGCCUACUGGUUCCAUGCCUUCCCUGAACUUUAUUUCCAGAAAACAAAGAAGGAAGAUAUACCUCGUCAGCUGGUGUAUAUUGGACUAUAUCUCUUUCAUAUUAUAGGCGCAUAUGUAUUAAACCUAACCCACCUUGGCCUUGUUCUGCUGGUUCUUCAUUACUUCGUAGAGUUUCUGUUUCACAUCUCUCGACUUUUUUACUUCAGUAAUGAAAAAUAUCAGAAAGGGUUUACAUUGUGGGCUAUUCUGUUUGUCCUGGGGCGUCUCCUUACCCUCAUACUAUCUGUUCUUACUGUUGGAUUUGGACUCGCUCGAGCAGAGAACCAGGUUUUGGACAUCAGUAAUGGAAAUUUCAAUAUUCUAGCAAUCAGAAUCAGCGUGCUGGCAUCUAUUUGCAUAACUCAGGCAUUUAUGAUGUGGAAGUUCAUUAAUUUCCAGCUGAGACGGUGGAGAGAGCACUUAUCCCCACAGCCUUCCCAGAGGAAGAGAACUGUUCCUUCUAAGGGCAAGAAAGGAAAAGAAAAUGGCGUUAAUGGAACAGUAACCUCAAAUGGAGCAGAUUCUCCCCGCAGCCGAAAAGAAAAACACUCCUAA